AUGGCGGACAAGAUGGACAUCGAUGCCGUCAACGGCGAGAAACAGGCAGAGAGCGUCGGCCCAGCGCCUGACCUGCCACCAGAGCGAAUCAUCACCAACAACUUCGCUCUCAUCAACGAGGCAGUAGACAGCUUCGACUCGCGAUUCACCCUCAGAGCCCUCCGCAGCAUCGCAACCCUCCGCAAAGCAUCCAACUUCCCCGACGCCUUGAUCGCCGGCAUUCGCACAGCAUACCCAAAAGCAUCGAAUCGGGGACGGCAAAUAUUGGAAGAGCUGCUACCGGAGAAGCAUCAGCAAAACGGCACAUCUGCGUCAGCAGGCAAGGAAGCGCCGGAAGAGCAGACACACCCCGAGAUCUGGGCGUAUCUGGGUGUUUUGGUUCAGGUCUAUCUGCACGACAAUGGCGAGUUUGAGAAGGGCGCAGAGUUCAGCGAGAACUUCGUGGAGAGGAUUCGCAGCUGGAAUCGACGAACGCUUGACCAGAUCGGAGCCAAGGCAUACUUCUAUUACGCGUUAUUCCACGAGAACCUCGACCCGAAGCCGCCGUCGAAGCAAUCGCCGGUCAUCGAUACCCGACCGAAGCUGCUCGCAGCCCUUCGCUCGGCUGUCUUGCGCAAGGAUACUGACACACAGGCCGCCGUGACAGUGCUGCUCUUACGCAACUACAUCAGCACCGCCGACAUCACCCAAGCCGACCUUCUCGUUGCUCAGACGCAGUUCCCGAUGACCGCUUCAAACAACCAAGUAUGCCGCUACCUGUACUACCUCGGCCGCAUCCGCGCUAUCCAACUCGCCUACACCCAAGCACACGAACAUCUGGAGUCCGCCACGAGGAAGUCGCCCACCACUGGUCCUGCUGUUGGCUUCUACCAGCAAGCUACCAAGCUCUUGAUCGUGGUGGAGCUUCUUAUGGGUGACAUUCCCGACCGAUCGCUGUUCCGCCAGCCUGCUCUCGAAGCCGCCCUCUACCCAUACUUCAAACUCGUACAAGCCGUGCGUGUCGGCGAUCUCCAAGCCUUCCUCAAGUGCUCCACUGUCAACGAGCCUCAGUUCCGAAAAGAUGGCACAUACACUCUUAUCCUCCGUUUACGGCAAAAUGUCAUCAAGACGGGCGUGCGCAUGCUCUCGCUUUCAUACUCCCGCAUUUCUCUGCGUGAUAUCUGCACUCGGUUGGGCGUGGAUUCUGAAGAGUCGGCUGAAUACAUCACUGCGAAGGCUAUUCGUGACGGAGUGAUUGAGGCUUCUCUCGAUCACCAGAACGGACACAUGGUGACGGUGCCACAAAAGGACGCCUACAGCACCACGGAACCCUCAGAGGCGUUCCACGCACGUAUCAGUGCGUUGCUGGGCAUGAGGGAUGAGUGUGUCAUGGCUAUGAGAUAUCCGAUGAACAAGCACCGUCAAGAGAUUGCUGAGGCAGCAAAGGCUCGUGAGCGGGAGCGCGAGUUGGCCAAGGAGAUCAUCGAGGGCGAAGGCGACGCCGAUGAUGGUGACGAUGGCGGGUUUGAGGGGAUGUAA